CGCACGGUCGUGUCUCAUUGGCGGGCCAACGUCUCUGGGCGGGCCAGGCAGAGUAAGGAGAGGAGCUUAGAUGCUUUAUGACGACAUAAAUAAAGACAUUCCAAAUCAGCGCGCUUGAGCCUCCGUUUUUUCAAAGGCGAGCAGAACAGGUAGUGCUCGUUUUACACCAAACGCAAGUUUUAGCCACUGGGGGACCAUAGGCAGGCUAGGGGAACUCAUAUUUAUGUUAGAAAUCCUCAUAAAGUGUGAUUUUCAUGUCAUGGGACCUUUAAAUAAAGCAACAUGGUAAAAAUAUGAAAAUUACUUGAUUUUACUUUCAAUUCCUUUUACAUUCUCCGAGGUAUUAACAUUUUUCAUAACUCCAUGUAGGACGUUUCAAUACAUAAAUGUAAGCUCUGUGGCAGUAAUAAUGCAAUAUUUAGAAAUAUGUACUCUUGAUACUCUAGUACUUUUAAAAACAAGUACUUCAGUACUUUUACUUAAGUAGACAUCUGACUGUAGUACUUUUAGUUGAGUAAAAUUUAGCAAGGGGUAUCUGUAUUUUUACUCAAGUUAGGAAGCUUUGUACUCUGUUCGCCUCUGGAUACAAUAAUGGGACACACCAAGGAACGUUUCGCCUUCACAGACCACCUCAUCAGUGCCACCUUGCUGCAGUCCAAUAGGUAUGGAGAGUACUAGGGAUGGGCAUUCGAUUAAGUUGUCUUAGUCGAUCUUUGGGAGAAUUAACGAUCAAUUAGUCGAUUAAUCGUUAAUAUUUUAUCUUAAAAUUUUGUUACGACCAAGUAUAACAGCACCGGGACUUUUAACUUUACAUGUAUCACUCCGCUGUUUAUGUUCUGCUAGCUAGUGUGUGUGUUGCUUUGCAGCAGUUCAGUCCCAGUCGCGGAUCCAUUUAUGUUUGCGGUGCCAAAUAAAUAAUUAAAUAAACAAACAAAUGUUAACUAAUUAAUGGUACUUGUAGAACUGUUGUAUAAAAGCAAUAUCACACUCAAGGUCGUGCUGUUGUAGUGAAUAUCAGCACAGCUGUCAUUAUCUUCGGCACAAUCACAGCCGUGCUGAUGCAACGCACUCUCUUGUGUGAUAUUACUUAAGUAUUUAUAUGCUAUAUUCAAAAUGAAAUGAAAAUACAAAAGCACCGUGUUUUCCUAAUUGGGAUCUUUAUUAUUAGAUGAACAACUCAGUUAAACCACAUCCGUUCAAUAGUUAUGCGCUACUCUGCUCUAAGCAACGGAGCAUGCAGCUCGAAGCCGGUGCUCAUAAACAUAACUAAAAAUAAACACAACCCUAGUUACCUCCCAAAAUAAUAACGAUCAUAUAAAAAAAACAAUCAUGUUACAACUUAACCAAAAAGUCUACGGAUUUUUGUUCAGAAAGAUGAGCAUGUUGACAUGCUCUGGGGUCAGACGCGACCGCAGCCUGGUGACCGUCAGUCCAGCCGCCGAAAACACCCGCUCUGAGGGGACCGACGUUGCCGUGAUGCACAAAUACCUCCGUGCUAACUUGGCAAGGCGGGGGAACAACUUUCCACAAUCCAGGGGCUCAGAUAGUUCUUUAUUUCUGCUUCAAUGCUAACCUUGCCUUGAGUGGUGGGCCUAUAGUGCUCCCCAAGAAGUCAUUUUUUAAAUAAUAAUGGUCCCACACCAGACUUCGCCGCGGCCUCGUCCGUUUCAUGAGUACAUGGCCGUGUUCCAAUAGCCAUACUAUCCGUACUUACUAGCCUAAGUUUGAGUACGUAGGGCGUUCCGAUUCAGAUCGGGCGAAAGUAAGUGUACUGAAAAUGGUCAAAUCGCGAAGUGUGUGGCGAUGUACACUUUUCGUACUCAACGGCAGCCAUCUUAGCUACGUAGCGGAAGAGGGCGGAGCCAGGCUGAGCCAAAGUCGGCGCAUUUUCCACAUGGCCUGCAUUAAUAGUCAUUUUGUAGUUUUUAUAGUUGCUAGGCGUAAAGAGUUCACCGUUCAAAGCGGGAUGCUUAUUGCGGGGGAGGAGCCGCAAAUUUUAAUGUUGCCCCCGUGUGGUAAAAUGUUUAAUUGCGCACUGCAUUAGUUUAAUCGAUGAAAAAAUUACGUAAUCAACGAAAUUCUUAAAGAUCAAUUCGUCGAUCGUUGAUUACUCAUGCCCAUCCCUAGAGAGUAGGCCUGGGUAAAAAAAUCGAUUUAAUCGAUUUUGGAUCGAUUUCGUUUAAAUUUCACGCUAUCGAUUCACAGGGCACGAGAUCGAUUUUUUCCCCCUCUUUCCGCCUCCACCCUGUGUUGUGUGCUUCCACAGAAAAAAUCUGUGGUGUGUCUCUCGCUUUUUCAGCCUUCUGAUGAUGACGCAGCUGCACACUCUACGUCGUUGCGUUCUUGCGCGCGCACACACGGCGAACGCAUUGCUGGCGGGAGUUUUAGUUUGGGAGACAAGUUAUGGCUGAGGCACGAAAAACGCUGCUCGGCAAGCCAGCACCGGCUCAUAUGAAGUCGGACGUUUGGAAACAUUUUAAUUUAAAAAUGACUGAGGACGGAGCGGAGGACAAAUCUAAGGUUGUUUGCCGAAUAUGUGAAUCCGAACUCAGCUAUUGUCGGAAUACUACAAACCUGAGGAAUCACCUUACACGGUACCAUGCUACAAUGCUAGCUUGCAACAAGCCGCCUGGAGCAGCACAGAGGAAAUUGAAGGACAUGCUGGCGAUACCGUCACAGUCUCCGCGGGCUUUAAAGAUCACAGAGGCAAUCGCAAAAUUCAUCUGCAUGGAUUUACGCCCGUACAGUGUUGUCGAGAACGACGGAUUCAGGAACCUCGUCAAGGUAAUGGAACCCCACUACGUAAUGCCCCAGCGAAAACACCUUGCUGAAAAAUUAAUACCUACGAUGUACGAGUCUCUGAAGGAGGCCAUUCGAAUCAAAAUCCAGGCAGCUAACAGGGUUGCCAUUACAUGCGACACCUGGACAUCACUGUCAACGCAGUCUUACCUGACAGUGACGUGCCACUACAUUGACACGGAGUGGUGUCUGGUGUCACAUGUGUUACAAACAACCGAGGUGCUCACCAGCCACACCGCUACAAACCUCGCUGGCAUGCUGUCAGGGGCCAUAGAGGAGUGGGGAUUGACCAGCAAGACCCCAGCAGUAGUAACCGACAACGCUGCCAACAUGGUGCGGGCAGUGGAACUGAUGCAGCUGACGCACGUCGGGUGCUUCGCUCACACUCUAAAUUUGGCAUCUCAAGCGGGCCUGAAAAUCCCGGCAGUGUCACGUCUCCUCGGUCGAGUGAGGUGUAUAGCAACUUUCUUCCACCGGAGCACAACGGCCACACAUAUCUUCAAAGACAAACAGAAGAUGCUCCAACUUCGAGCACAUAAGCUCACUUUGGACGUUGUGACCCGGUGGAACAGCGCACUGGACAUGGUCGAGCGUUUUCUGGAACAGCAGCCAGCUAUCUCUGCCACUCUACUGUCACCAGACGUCCGUCGCAAUGAGAGGGAUUUGUGCAGCUUGACCGAGGAAGACGUGACAACUGCCGAAGAUUUGGUGCGGACCUUGCAGCCCCUUGAAGGCAGCCACACAAGCCAUAUCUGAAGACAAGCGUCCAACGCUAUCCAUAAUCGCACCACUGCUCGCCUUGCUGCAGGAUGCCAUGACCCCCAGCGAACAGGAUUCCCCUGUGGUGAGGGACCUGAAGGCUGCUGUGAAGAGCAACUUAAGGACAAGAUAUGGUGCCCAGAAGGGGAUGCUGUAUGGAGCGACAGCGCUGGACCCGCGUUUUAAGGCCCUCCCCUCCCUUACUGCUGAAGAGCAAGAUGAGGUAUUUUCCAGGCUGAGGCUGCUACUGCUGCACCUGAUGCAAAUACUGAUGGUGAGACUGAGGAGGAGGAAGGAGCUGAAGAGAGGGUGACCUCGCCCAGGAAAUGCAGUGCGUUGGAGUCCCUCUUUGGACAGGCCUACAGAGCACCAUCGGUACAUGCAGAUGGAAGAAAAACUCCAUCUAAACGGGCGGAGGAAGAGAUAACUAAAUACAGGGCAGAACCACCUUCUUCCCUGAAUGAAAGCCCUUUGACCUGGUGGAGGUCACGUGAAGGGGAGCUCCCAAUCGUAGCGCGCCUGGCAGGGCACUACCUCUGCGUCCCAGGGACCAGCGUUGCAUCGGAGAGGGUAUUUUCCACUGCGGGUGAUAUCAUCACAGCAAAAAGGAGCUGCAUCACCCCAGAGCAUGUCAAUGAGCUCCUUUUCCUAAACAAGAAUCUCUAAGCGAGACUGUUACUGUUUUGAAAGUCUAAGUUUACUGAUGAAUUUAAAGAGUUAAAUAAUAUACUUUGGUGAAUAUUUUGUGCAACGUUCAUUUGCACUUUUACAUUUGCACUUUUUUUGCUUACUGGAAGAUGGAGGCUUAUGGUUGAAGCUACUGAUGAAUUUAAUGAGUUAAAUAAUAUACUUUGGUGAAUAUUAUUUUGCAACGUUCAUUUGCACUUUUACAUUUGCACUUUUUUUACUUACUGCAAGAUGGAGGCUUAUGGUUGAAGUUUCUGAUGAAUUUAAUGAGUUAAAUAAUAUACUUUCGUUGAUAUUUUUGCAACGUUCAUCAUUUGCACUUUUGCACUUUUGCCUUUUUUGAACUUUUACUUGCUGGAAGAUGCAGGAAUUUUUAAUGUUAAUAUUUUAGUAAAUAUGUUGAAAAAAUAUGAAUUUAAGGAGUUUUUUAAUACUUGAAUAUUUUAUCUUAAAUGGUAUAAUCUUUACAAUGGUUAUAUUUAUAUAUUUUAGGAAGAUGGAGGCAGUUUUGUUUAUAGUUGCCUGGAUUGUCAUUAAUGUAACCUACAAAAUAAAAACAUGUCUUUUGCAGUGUGUUGCAUGGAGAUAAUUUCAUUAAUAUAUUGAAUUAGGCAGGCCAUCACGUUGAAUAGAAUGUAAAAUCUUGCUAAGGAUGUUAAUUAACAGUCACAACUAAAAGAUUUUAGUCACAAUUAAUGAUUUGUGAUGAAUUAAUGAUGAUAGCCUAUAAAGAAUAUUUCCUUACAAUUUAAGAAAAUUAUCAUUCAAUCUAGGAGCAGAUGGAACCGAUUCGGAUUGAAUCGAAUCGCAUCGUGAUUAAUCGAUUUAAAGCCUUCAGAAUCGAAAUUGAAUCGAUUCAGGAACUUGGCCGUGAUACCCAGCCCUACUAGAGAGUACCACAACUCAUUCCCUGAAGUUGCACUGAGCUCCACCUUAAAGGCAUAUCCAAUGCUGAAUGGAAGCAAGCUGAGGACGGAGCUGAGUCUCAUCUAAGGGAAGGAGGAAUUCAAGAACUGUUGUGGUGUUGUGGACCUUUUUCAGAUAUUUAUGGUCAAUAACCUGUCAGAGGUAUUUUCAGAGACUGUCACACUACUAAAGAUUUUGAUCACCACACCCAUGUCCACUGCAGAGGCUGAGGGGUGUUUUUCAACACUGAAGAGGAUCAAAACCUUCCUCAGGAACACCAUGACUCAGGCUGAAUGCCUUAGCCAUCCUAUCCAUGGAGAAAAAACCUGUGAUGGAGGUGACCGACUUUAAUCAGAAAGUCAUUGACAAAUUUGCAUGUCAGAAAGAUAGGAGGGCGAAAUUUCUUUACAAGUAGUGGACACUGGUGUAGUUUAAAGUGUAAUUCCGGCGUAAAUUGAACCCAGGGUCUCACCAAAGAGUAUCUGGAGGGCUAUUAAUGGGUUUACAUGCUGCCGCGUUCUUGAAGAAAGUAGUCCAAUCCGGAUCGCUUUUAACUCACUUUAUUUGUUUUUCGGUAUGAUAACUAUGAAGCACAAGGAGGGGAAUAGGCUCUGUGCACUAGAACCCGGAAGUCAACUGACGGUGUCGGCAUUCUAGUUUCCGGUCUACUUACUGACCCAGUCCAUAGCGUGAACAUGUCUGGCUUUUCUAGAUGUCUCCAAGACCUACCGACAAUAAAUGUUAACGAUGUUCACCGCAUUGUUGGUGCUAGUUCCCUUGCCCCUACAAGCAAGCGGGAAAAAGGAUUUAAGCUCUAUAUUUCGAGUUAUUUGCGUAACUUUGAGGGUAGGUGACAGACUACCGGCUUUUUAGUGAACAUUUGUUAGCGACAACAUUUUUUUUCUGUAUUUAAAACACAUAACUGUCCGUUGUUGUACUAACUGUACCAACGUAUGUCCAUUUUUUAGUGUCUAGCAAAGAUAAGGGAACAUCGGAGGUGAUUAUCAGAGCAUUGUGCCACAGGUCCAUGAAGAAAUCAGAGAAGCCUCACAGCUUGAGUGUAUGUUAAAGCUAGCGAUAAACCAACCGUUAUAAACAAACCGUUAUACGCCUGUUUCUUUUAUAACAGUGUCCGUGGGGGGAUUUAGCUGAGGUCAUAUGUUUAAUCAAAUAAUCAAUCCAAACAUGUAUAUUUAAAAAAAAACAGCACAAAUGUACACACAAGCGCACUUUCCCCGUCAGCCACCACAACACGCAGAGAGCUCCAGCCGAGAGCGCCCACCACGGCCCCAACACGGUGCAGGCACGCGAGCCGCACACAGACACAAACACACCAGCUUCACAUUGCCUCAAACUCCACUAAAAUGUAUUGGAUAUCAAAUAGCAUAUAUGUCUCCAUACAAAAUCAGUGAUGCACAUUGAGCUAGUUUACUCUGCCACCCCGACUUUUUUCAACUCGCCGUAGGUAGCAGGUGUGCAGUAAAAUCCUCAAACACGAUGAUUUUUGGCUUGUAAAUCCCAUGGUAAAUCCACUAGUAUUCCGUUAUUAAGACGAUGUGUCAGAUGAAAAAAACAGUCCGCCGCCAGUCAGUUUUCCUGCAGUGAUUAGUCCAUGAUUAGCGUUGAGUUGUCGGCAAAAAGCCUUCCGACAAUGUUCCUCUUUUGCAUUAAUCCUUAUGCUGGUGAUCAUUUUCAUCCUGGGAUUAUUUGUCCUUAUUUUCGAUUCGAAAUCACAUCAUAGAAAUGGCAAUGCUGACAAGCAUGAGCAGUAAUAAUUUCACACUUCGUGCGCACUGUUUAUAUGUCACUGGCUUUAGUUGAAAGCGUAGAGCGAGGUUUUUUGUCCCACCCACUAGAAUAGCAAAAUGUGGUUGGUUAUGCAUCCGUCACUCACUAAAGUAUCAUGACGUCUUAACCAAUGAGUGAGCGAGCUUUAUCCUUUUCCUUUUUUUUGCCGAGAGAGAACAAUCAAUAAUUUUUUUUGGAUAACACUUUAUCAACUAUAUUAGGCACUAAUACCAUGCACUAACACUGUCAUUUCUGAGGCAAACUUGAUAGAAUUAUUUUCCAAUAACAGUGUGUAUUUGUGUGAUGUAUUUUUAUUUAUUUUUUUACCACUUUGUUUAUUGAUUUUUCACAAUAUAGCAAAACAUCCUUUUACAAAUGUAACAAUUUUUAUUUUUUUUUAUCCCCAAAAACAA